AUGGCUCACAGCAGACUAACUGAUCCAGAAUAUAAAAACUGGGUUACUGUUGGUCGAGCAAUUCAGAUUACCCGGAACGGCUUGGAAACCAUAAUUCAAAAUGCUGCUCACAAAUACCACACAUCACUGCUUGCAACUUUGCCAAAAAGUGUACCUGCGUGGAAAUCUCAUUUGUCGAAAGCCCAUCGAUCACGUGAUAAAAAAAAAAUAUCCUGGAGCAACAGUGACAACACUCAGUGGUUCACCGUUGGUGAGUCCUGGGAGAUUGCCAAGAUUUUCAUGGCUCCCAUGGGAACGAGAAAGCUUGAUGUAGUCAACGCCAAAACUACUGAUAUAUCGGGACUGUUGAAUGUAUUAGAAUGGUCUCCGAGAGGGACAAAUGGUAUGUUCAACACAGGUGUCGAUCUCUCGAAAAUAGCAGCUGCAAGAAGUGCUAGGAAUCUUUGGGCGCAUGCACCGUUGCUGCAUAUAAGUGACGCUGAUAAAGUCGACGCGUUUGCAUCCUUAACCUCGCUUCUUAAAGACCCAGAACUGCACCACGACAAAGAUGUCCAAGACGCCAUAAAAAAGCUUAGUAGUUUACUCAAUACUGGUCUAGCAGUUAUUGAAGAAAAAGAAUUGGAAUUAUUCGUUCAGUUACAACAACAACUUGAUCAGGAUAUGGUCAGUUUGGAAAGUGAUAUCAUCUGUUGGAAAGAUGAAGUCGGAGCGGACUUGCAGCAGAUUAAUGAUCAGAUAAAAGGUUUGGAUAAAUUUGUGAAAAAUAACGAACUAGACGACGCUCUGGAAAUUCUAAACAGCCGGCUGGAAAAGCUAGAAGAAAAAUGUUUAGCAGAUUCACAGCAAAGGAUUUGUGACGUAGAGCAGGAGCUAAAGUUCAAUCCAGUCUCUGAUCGGAUGAAGGAGGAAUUUGUUGGUCGUGAGUGGUUGUUCUGUGACAUUGACAACCGGUUAGAAAAAGACCUCGGGCCUCGGGAGUCUCGUGCCUUCCUUAUCUGGGGUGGUGCUGGAACAGGCAAAAGCUCGUUCGCCCAAGAAUUUGUCCCUCGGCACCAGGGAGAAAAAUUGGCUGGAUACCAUUACUGUCAAAAAGACAACCCUCGCACUUGCGAUUUGAAAUCGUUAGUCUACAGUCUCAGCAGUAUGCUCUCGAAGAGCCUUCCCGAAUAUGCUGCCUUGGUUGCGAAACUACCGACUGAUCAAUUUAGAGAUGAUCCUAACGCACUGUUCGAUUUGUUAAUUACCACGCCAUUGCAGCAAUUGAAUGAAAGUACCAGACAUUUUCUUAUCAUCGAUGGCUUGGAUGAAGGAGGGUCCAUGAUUGCUACUUGCCUUGCCAGAUUAUCAGGAACACUUCCUUCGUGGCUUCGCGUCAUUUUGACUGCAAGACCCAAUGCUCUCGCUCUAUCUGGCCUUUUUUUAAAUUACUCCUCUGCUAAUCUAGACCCCUUAGAGACUAGUCUCGAGUCCCUGUCUAGCAAAGAUAUUCGUGAAUUUGUCUCCAUGAAGUACAGAAAACUUCAAACUGAAUAUAAAUGUAUUCCUUCUUUCUUUGCUAAUGACGAGCAGGUAGGCAAAGAGAAAAUAGUUCAGGCUAGUCAGAAUUGCUUUCUUUAUGCUAAACUUGUGAUGGAACACAUCUUUGAUGGCCAUGAUGAAAUUGGUUUGCCUGCCUCGUUAUCUGAGAUUUACUGCUUGGACUUCAGGCGUCACUUCUCGGAUACAGAAUUCUUUGAGAAAAAAGUUGUACCUGUGCUUCAGAUUGUGCUUGCCAUUCAAUCUGCUAAGGCUUUUAUAGCUAAAGAAAUGCCUAUAAAAGUUCGGUUAAAUUUAGCAACUUCCCUUCCUUCUAUUUUUAAUGAUGCAAUAAUUCGCUUACAGAAGAUGCAGCAGGCUUAUGUGGAGAGCGAUGAAAGUGUUACAGGGGUUGUGAAGUGUGGUUUGCUGCCUGAAAUUAAGAUGCAUGAUCUCAAUAAAGUCCUCAAACUUUUAUCAGGCUACUUAGUAAAGGAUGAUUCUGAUAAAUAUUAUUUCAGCCAUAGUUCUGUAAGAGAUUGGUUGCAAGACGAAGAGUCAGAUUUCUUUUGCGAUGUACUCAACGGGCACUCCAUUAUGGCAAACUAUAACUUGAAAACUCUUAAAGUUAAGUAUCCUUCACCCGGCGAUUUUUUUGAAAAUGUAUCUUUUCGUCCGAAACUGCCAUAUCCUACUGCUCUUCUAGACUUCAAAUUCUUUUCUUUGCGUUAUCUCUUUCAUUCCAGUGAGAGCGGGAGUUCAAACGUGAAUGUUCUGAUAUCUGAAUUAGGUAUUAAAGCAAUCGACCUUCUUCAUGCCGCAUUUCACGAUAGUGAUGACGCUUGGGAUCGUUUCAUUUGUUCCGAGUAUAUGGCAAUGAAAGUUCUCGAUGAAACUGAUGUCUUGAAUAAAAUGACCAUACAGGAAAAAGCUGAUCAUCUUGAGCUGGCUCUUCAAUUGCUGAAUGCACGAAUUACUGCCAAGUUGUUUGAUAGCCGUACAUACUGGAUUUUUAGUGAUAUGGCCAUCAUUGCCUUGAACUGUGACAUCAAACUACUACAGCUCGUCCCAAAGGAAUCAAUGCCCCAGUUAUUCUUUUCGUCCCUCGUGAAUAUUGUCUUUAACGAUAAGAUAUUUGAAUUUUGUUUAAAAAAUGGAUUACCGGCGGAUGUAUGUGUUCCUCAAUUCUUUGAGAACACCAAGGGCUUUGAGUCGUCCAUCUGCUGGAACGAAGAUGUCCAAGAGUAUUUUAGAAAGUUGAAGUCAGGCGAAGAGAAUGUUAUCACUUUGGAGUCCCUGAAAGAGAAGCCAUUUUAUCCAGAAGAAGCUAAAGUGUCGGAAUUUACAUUGGAGAUCAUUCAGAAACCUCUUUCAG